UUUGCUGUCAAGUCUUUGUUGUUUGAAGCAUCUUCAGCAAGUAUAAUGCACAGAGCGCGAAAGUGAUUCGCUUACAUCAUUUUUGGGACGAAAAUAUCACUCAUUAUCAUAUAUUUUGGAGUAUAACCGUUAAGAUGGAGGAAAAGCUGUAUGGAUCUCUGCCUGUCCCUUCGGAAUACCUUCAGCAGUGGAUUCAGUCGACUCAGCAGCUGCAAGCUCUGCAGGCGCAGUAUUCAAACCACCACCAGCUUCACAGUCCUCACUACUUUGAGGGACAGAGGGAGGAGAUGGCCAUGGCCCAGAUGGGCUCUAAUCAGGACCCCAUGCUUCAGCAAGAGCCUGCCAACCUAGCCAAACAACCAGCCAAAAAGAGAGGGAGGCAGGCACAGCCAAAGGAACCUAAGCCUCCCAAGCAACCCAAACUUCCUAAGGAACCCAAGCCUCCAAAGGAACCCAAGCCUCCAAAGGAACCCAAGCCUCCAAAGACACCUAAGGUAGUCAAGGACCCCAAUGCUCCCAAGGCCAAACCAGGCCCCAAGCCCAAGAAAGGAAAGGAGGGGGCAGAGGGUGAUGGGAAGCAGGAGAAGAUAGAUGAGACCUUCAAGAAGGUGAAGAGGAAAGUAGACCGCUUCAAGGGGAUGAGCGAGGAAGAGGUUAUGACAAAAACACUACCAGACCUCCUGGAAUACAACCUUGACUAUGUGAUUAUUGGAAUAAACCCAGGUCUAAUGGCAGCCUAUAUUGGACGAUGGUUCCCUGGCCCAGGAAACCAUUUCUGGAAGUGUCUGUUCUUGUCUGGGUUCACAGAUGAACUGCUCAACCACAUGGCCGACACCUCACUACCUGAGAAGUACAAGAUUGGCUUCACCAACAUGGUGGCCAGGGCCACUCCUGGAAGCAAAGACCUCUCAACCAAAGAAUUGCGAGAGGGAGGAAAAAUUCUUGUUGAGAAACUGAAGAAAUUCAAGCCUCUCAUAGCUGUUUUCAACGGAAAAUGCAUUUAUGAAAUGUUCUGCAGAGAGAUGUUUGGUAAAAAGCCAAAGACACUUACAUUUGGUCUGCAACCACACAAAAUACCUGACUGCGAAGUGGCCUUGUAUCUGAUGCCAUCGUCCAGUGCCCGCUGUGCCCAGUUUCCCCGUGCCCAGGACAAAGUCCACUUCUACAUCAAGCUGAGAGAGCUUAGGGACCAGCUAAAGGGUGUGGCUAGAAGCGAUGAAAUCGAGGAGUUGAAGUAUACCUUUGAUCUGGGUCUGGCCAAGGAGGAUGCCAAGAGGAUGGCAAUCAAGGAGGAGCAGUACGACCCGGGUUACGAAGGAGCCUUCGGGGGAACUUAUGUGGAGGGUGGGCCUGAGGGAGCCCAGGGACAGAAUCAGGACCAAGCCCCGGCAGAGGGCCAGAGCAACGGCCACUGUACUUUCUCAGCAGCUCAAAACACAGAUAAGGCAGAGAAGGCGACCACAGCCCAAACAAACCCCACCUCAGAGGGGCAGAUCCCAGAAGGACAGUGGAUGACUCAGUCCUUUGCAGAUCAGAUCCCAGACAUUGAGGGCUCUAAGGAGCCACAGACUUGACCUGCAAACGUUUAAGCAAGAGGGAAAGGGCACUACAGGCCCUAUCAGGACACCUGGAGCUCAACGCCCUGUUCUUCCUUCACAAGAAGCUGCACCUCAGUUUGAAGAAGACCAUUUUCAAAUUGCAGUCUUUUUUUAUUUUUUUUUAUUAGUCAGUUAGUUUAAUAUACACUGCUAGAAGACAUGGGGCCUGUUUUUAGAGAAUACGUUACAUUUAAAAAAACAUUUUUAUAUAUUCUUUAUAAGUGUGUUUGUAAGAUUGCCCUCAAGGCAGCCUCUUAAAUGUGAAAUCAGGGACUUGACAAUUAUGACACCAAAAUAGGUGACAAUUGGUCACCUAUUGAAAACAUUUUUCUUUUUCUUGUACUGUACUUCACUGCAUAAUGAUUUAGUAUGUGUUAACACACAUAUUGGAUUUACUACUGUUCUGAUGGUUGUUAUAAUGCCCUUAUUUUUAACAUAUACAAGUUAUAAAGUCCUAAAUGCACAUGUUUGAACAUAUUACAGUAAGACUGUAUGAAAUGUGUUAUGGUUUAGCUAGCUUGUCUAUUUUUAUCAAUUCUGUGCCUUCGACAGCAGGUACUGAGUGAUGAUCAGAAAGAACUACACACCACUUGAUAUAAAAGAUUCAAGGAUGUCCUCACAGAACACUUUCUUUUUGCAAUACUCAAACGGGUGCUUU